AAAUAAACUGAAAACUUAAGAAACCCUUUGAAAAGGCCAAAGGAAAAGCAGUCACGAUAAUUCAAAUGUGCCCUACAAAAUGUUUCGUGAUGCUUGGCCUCAGCAAACGAAUGAAACCGCAACCAAAACGACAACAGUGCCAAGUGAUAAAUUGAUUAACGAAAAUGCUUUACAAUUAAACACUGGGCUUCAAUUGUAUGAAAAUUUAUGCAAAUCAAAGCCGAGCGAUGACUGCGUGGCAAGCAACAGCAACAUCAAAAGACCACAAGCAGCAGCAGCAACAGCAACACCAAAAAGAAACAGGAAGCAGCCACAGCAACAUCACCACACCAGCAAUAUCGCACCAUUGCAAUUUGCAUUUAAUUGUUGUAAUUAUCUUGGCCUGCUGCACACGUUGUCUCCAUGGCUUGCCGGAUGGCCGUGCCACUUGCCGUUCAGUGCCUGGUCUGACAAAGGACCAAGUGGAGCUCUGCUACAAGGCCAGUGAUGUGACAGCAGCAGCUCUCGAAGGACUCGACAUGGCCAUACGUGAAUGCCAAAUUCAGUUUCAAUGGCACCGCUGGAACUGUUCAUCGUUGAGCACAAAGAGCCGGAAUCCGCAUGCUUCCAGUCUACUGAAGAAAGGGUACCGGGAGAGCGCAUUCGCUUUUGCCAUUUCGGCCGCCGGGGUGGCCCACAGUGUGGCCCGGGCCUGCAGCCAAGGCCGUUUGAUGUCCUGCGGCUGCGAUCCGACCAUCAAUCGGAAAACCCUCAACAAGAACCUCCGCCAGUCGCUGGACAAGGAGAAGAAGCAGUUUCUUCAGUAUUUGGAGACAAACCAGAUUCUCACGCCCGAGGAGGAGAAGAAAUACGAGCGUUCCAAAAUCGCCAGUCGCUGGAAGUGGGGCGGGUGUUCCCACAACAUGGAUUUCGGUGUGGAGUACUCCAAGCUCUUUCUCGAUUGUCGCGAAAAGGCGGGUGAUAUUCAGUCCAAGAUCAAUCUGCACAACAAUCAUGCAGGAAGAGUGGCCGUUUCCAACAACAUGGAGUUUCGUUGCAAAUGCCAUGGCAUGUCCGGCAGUUGCCAGCUUAAGACCUGCUGGAAAUCCGCCCCCGACUUCCACGUAGUCGGCAAGGUCUUGAAGCACCAAUUCCGCAAGGCCAUCCUGGUGGAUCAAUCCAAUCUGGGCAAUGGGGAACCCGUCGUUGUUUUGAAACGAGCACGCAACAAAAAAUCCAAUGGCGGCAGCAGCUCAGGAUCCUCGUCCCAGGACCUGGACAUAGUGGAUGCCACCGGGGCACUUGAUAUCGGUGGAUCGGCGGAUUCAGACACGCGGCGCCACGAGGAUCUGGGCGUGGAACGUGGAGCAAGGCUAUCGGGUGUUGACAAAAACGCCGCAAGGAUGGCCCGCAAGUUGGAGACGUCCUUGUUCUAUUACCAGCGAUCCCCGAACUUUUGUGAACGGGAUCUAGGAGCAGAUAUACAGGGCACCGUGGGUCGUAAGUGCAACCGCAACACCACGACCAGUGAUGGCUGCGCCUCCCUCUGUUGUGGGCGUGGUCAUAGCCAAAUAAUCGAACGGCGGGCCGAGCGGUGUCACUGUAAAUUUCAAUGGUGCUGUAGUGUGGAGUGUGAGGAGUGCCACGUGGAGGAGUGGAUCAGUGUGUGCAAUUGAGGAAUCCCCUGGAAAUCCAAGGACCCCAAACCAUAACCAAGAAAAUAAUGGAAAAAAAGACAAGAAGCCAGAGUGAGAGAAAGCCUCAACGAUACGCAUAAGAAAAGACUUUUCUUCAAUCUAAACAAAAUAAAAAACAAAACUUAAC